AUCAAAUCCUUAUAUGAAACAGUAUACAAACUCUCUAAAUGUUGAUACUAAGGAUGGGCUGGGUCUGUUGCUUCAUGAACAUGGACAAAAACAAGUGGAGGUUAAGGCUUAGAAUUUGCAAGAAUUGAUUCUGGAGGGAAGUUGAUCCAUGUCGAAGCCGAAAACUACUACUCCGCCAUGACUACUCGCAACCAAGAUUCGGUACAAGACGAGAAACACAUUUUCCGCAGCCAACUUCCUGAGGUCCAAGUGCCUUGUGAUAUCACACUGCCUGAGUUUGUACUACAGAAUGCUGAAUCAUAUGCCGAAAAUGUGGCAUUCGUGGAAGCCAUGAGCGGAAAGGCAUACACUUACCGUGAAGUCUUAAGAGACACAAAUAGAUUUUCCAAGGCCUUGCACUCUCUGAGGUUGAAGAAAGGGCAUGUGGUUCUUGUUGUUCUACCUAAUGUUGCAGAAUACGCGAUUGUUGCUUUAGGGAUAAUGACUGCUGGAGGUGUUUUUUCGGGAGUGAAUCCGGCAGCUCACAUAUCAGAAAUCAAAAAGCAAGUGGAGGUAGCAGAAGCCAAACUUGUUGUCACAAAUGCCGCAAACUUCGAAAAGGUGAGGGAAUUAAAGCUACCAGUCAUCUUAUUAGAGGAAGAACUAAUGGAAGGUGCCAUGAAUUGGCACAAACUUCUUGAAGCUGCAGAUCGUGCAGGCAACAAUUUUGUUAAAGAAGAGAUUAAGCAAACUGAUCUAUGUGCCCUUCCUUUCUCAUCAGGAACCACAGGAGUUUCCAAAGGUGUUAUGUUAACUCACCGAAAUCUCGUAGCUAAUAUGUGUUCGACUCUCUCCGGUGUCCCGCAAGAAAUGGAGGGCAAGGUCACGACACUAGGCCUUAUUCCGUUCUUCCAUAUUUAUGGGAUCACUGGCAUAUGUUGUUCUACACUUAGAAACAAGGGAAAAGUUGUGGUGAUGGGAAGAUUUGAUCUCAGGACUUUCAUUAAUGCUCUCAUAACACAUGAGAUCACAUUUGCUCCAAUUGUUCCUCCUAUUAUCCUGGCUUUGGUUAAGAAUCCCAUUGUGGAAGAAUUUGAUCUUAGCAGUCUCAAACUUCAGGCUAUUAUGACUGCAGCUGCUCCACUCGCACCUGAACUUCAAACUGCCUUCGAGAGAAAGUUCCCUGGCGUGGACGUUCAAGAGGCAUAUGGACUUACUGAGCACUGCUGCAUCACUCUUAACUAUGGAAAUAUAGGGAAAGAGAAUCUCAGUGCAAAGAAAAACACAGUUGGCCGUAUUCUUCCUAAUCUAGAAGUCAAAUUCAUAGACCCGGACACUGGAAGGUCUCUGCCGAAGAACACGCCGGGUGAAAUCUGUGUAAGAAGCCAAUGUGUGAUGCAAGGCUACUACAAAAACGAAGAGGAGACUUCAAGGACGAUCGAUAGCAAAGGCUGGAUGCAUACUGGGGAUAUUGGAUACAUCGAUGACGAUGGCGACGUGUUUAUUGUGGAUCGUAUCAAGGAAUUGAUCAAGUACAAAGGCUUUCAAGUUGCUCCAGCUGAGUUAGAGGCAAUCCUUCUAACUCAUCCCUCCAUUGAAGAUGCAGCUGUGGUGCCGCUGCCAGAUGAAGAAGCUGGUGAGAUCCCAGCAGCAAGCGUUGUGAUGGCUCCGAACUCAAACGAAACCGAAGAAGAAAUAAUCAAACACGUUGCCUCAAAUGUUGCACAUUAUAAGAAAGUUAGACUCGUUCAUUUUGUAGACACCAUCCCGAAGUCGCCUUCUGGGAAAGUUAUGAGAAGGUUGAUCAAAGAGAAGAUGAUCGAAAAGAUUCGAGCUGAUGAAUCCGCUAGAAUUGUCUUCUAACCUUUUUUAGUUGACUGAGAGAUGUUCGAAUUAAACUUGUCAUGUCUAUAUUUUACAAGAUUUAGAAGAUGCUAUCUUAAUAUCAAGUCUACUUGAUC